AUGCAGUUCAAAACAAUUGCUUUCCUCCUUCUCUCGGCCACCACGGCCCUUGCGAACCCGAAGCCACAAGAAAUUGACAUUGAUCUUGGCGAUAUAACAUCCUUGAUUGGCGAAAUCCCAACAUCGCUCCCCACAGAUUUUCUCGAUGACCUGAAGAGCUUCUCUAAAUACAUCCCACCCCCUGGCAUUGCAUCCGUCCUCGAAACUGCUCUCCCCUCAGAAGUCCGCCAGAGCAUCGAAGCCAACCCGACAAAUGCCUAUAAAUUCAACACCGAUCUCUACAGCAGCCUCAAAGCCGGCCAGACCCCAGAGUGGUAUGGCGAUCUUCCAAGCGACGUGAAGAGCUAUCUCAACAUGGUUGGUGGUUUAACUGGGACUGCCAACGGCCCUCAGGCGACCGGAGCUGGAGCUGGUGGCGAACCCGCCUCCGCAUCCGGAAACUAUGCUGCCCGCCCCACUGGUGCCGUUGCGGCUAGUCUCGCCGGUGCUGCCGGUAUCCUCGGGCUCGCGAUUCUUUUGUAA